AUGGAAGAUGAAGAUGGUGAUCAUGUGCAAAAUGUUGUACUUGAAAUUGUGGGAGAUGAUAUCAAUGAAUUUAGUGAGACUAGUUUUUUAUGUAGGGUCUUUGGGACAUCAGAAGAAGCUUAUGUUUUUUAUAAUGAUCAUGCAAAAGCCGAAGAUGGAACAUUAAGAAGCGUAUUCUGGGCGGAUGGUAGGUCAAGAGCAGCAUAUGUUCAAUUUGGUGAUGUUCUUGUGUUUGAUGUGACUUACCAAACAAAUAAGUUCAAGUUUCCCUUUGCCCCUUUCGUUGGGGUUAAUCACCAUGGGCAAUCAAUUUUAUUUGCAGCCGCUUUGUUAGAAGAUGAAACAGAGGCAACAUUUACAUGGUUGUUUGAACAAUUUCUGGAAUGUAUGUUUGAUAAGUCUCCUAUUGCUAUUAUCACUGAUCAAGACAAAGCUAUUGGAAAAGCAAUUGCCAAAAUAUUUCCAAAAGCACGACAUCGUUUUUGUGCGUGGCACAUGAAAAAACAUGUUAUGGAACACACUCAAGCACUACGCUCACAAUUUAAGGAGAGUUUUGAUGUUGACUUUCGUGCAUGGUAUAAAAGUCGAAGCAUUGAUGAGUUUGAAGGCAGCUGGGAAUCAUUGAAGACUAAAUAUGAUAUUAAAGAAGGAACUUGGUUGGCUAACAUGUAUGUUUCACGUCAUCAUUGGGCAAAGGUAUAUUUGAAAGAUACUUUUUGGGCUGGAAUGACCACAAGUGGCCGAAGUGAGAGCAUCAAUGCUUUUUUUGAUGGAUACGUCAACUCCAACACAAUGUUAAAUGACUUUGUUACUCAAUAUGACAAAGCAAUUAAGAGUAGGAGGGAUGCUGAAGAAGAUGAAGAUUUUAAAACUAGAAAUACAAAAGCAAUUUUGGAGACUACUCAUCAAAUUGAAGCAAUAGCUGGUGAGCGUUACACAAGAAAAAUAUUUAAUAUAUUUAAAAAGGAGUGGAUGGAAGCUGUUCUUCAUUAUGAGCAUGAAAAGAUUUUAAUGAAUGAAGAUCUAAUCAGGUACAAGGUGGGGUCUCACGAAGUUGAUAAAGAGUGGUGGGCAAUUGUUGACUAUCAUUUGACAGAAACCUUCACAGCUGAUUGUUCUUGUGGAAAAUUUCAGACUAUGGGAAUUUUGUGCAAACAUAUUCUAUAUAUUAUGAGGAGGAAAAAAUUAAAAACCCUUCCUGAAAAAUAUAUUUUGUCUAGAUGGACCAUGAAUGCAAGCUAUAAGGUUGAAAAUCUUGUAGGUGAUCAUGCUGAUACACCCACUAAGGAAGUUAGUGCAUUGUUCUUGUGGUCGCUUCACUCCAAGUGCAAUAUGGCUAUUUCCGAAGCAAGAGAUUGUAUGUCUGAAAUUAGAAAGUUUGAUGAUUUUCUUGCUGACUUUAUUAGACAGCAACUGGAAAGAAAGAGAAAUAUAAUUGAAGAUGAAGCAAUUCCCCAAGUUGUUCCUUCACUAACUCCCGAAAUUCUUUCACAAGUUUCACUCAUUAACUAUGUGCGUGAUCCCAUGCAUCCAGUCAAAACUAAAGGGCGUCCAAAGGUUGCUUCACGAUUGAAAUCAAGCAUUGAGUUGAUUUCAAAACAACAUAAGACUUGUAGUUAUUGUGGAGGAAAGGGUCACAAUAAAACCAGUUGUGAGAAGCGCAAGAUGGAUAUUGCAAGAGAGAAGCAAAAGGAGUACAAAGAUAACUAUUUGUCAGAAAAUCAUUCAGAGUAUCAAUUUGAAUAUGUGGAAGUCCUAUCUGAUUUUGAUGAAGAUGUUGGCAUUAAAGUUGCUUAUGUUGGCAAAGUGAAAGGGUUUGUUAGUCUCUUUCUGCAAAAUGUGCAGAAUGGAGUUCGCUUAUUUUGUGUUCCACCUAAUGAGUUAUAUAGGUUCUCGCAUCGGAUUCCUUCAUAUAAGAUGGCUGGUGAUGAAAGGGAAGAAAAACCAACUAUGAGAAUGGAAAAGUGA